CACCAGGGGGCAUUGAAUUAACAUUAUGUGUUGUUCUGUAUACCUCAAUUAUUCUAUUAUCAGUUUGCUAUGGCUUGUUUUCAGUCGAAAUCACUUUACGUUUUCCCUGGAAUAGGGGAGGGGGCGCGUGGACCACGAAAAUUUGGAGAACAGAAUUAUUUGUAAUUUUCCUUCAAUAUGUUCACUGCAUUUGAGUUGUCCUUUUCUUUAGCUAUUUUAUGGAAUGAUAUCAGGAAAGACAUUGAAAUUCGAAACCAAUGAGAAUUAAUUAUUUUAGAAUAGACGCUAAGCAGUUUGACGAGGAGGAGAGGAGAUGUUAAGAAUUAAGACAAACAAGACGCAAUGUUUGAUAUUGUAAAGCCCCAAACGAGACUAGUGAAAGAUGUUUGCUAUGUGGACGCGAUCAUAUCGUGGAGAGUUACUGCUGAGGUGAAUUGAAUUUUAUUUCUCUGAACUCCAAAUGAUUAACAUGGUUAAUAGUUGCAUAAUUAUUUGAUAAGGGCAUAACGAAUACGAUGUCGGGGUUGGUUUUUGUUACUUCCAUCUUGGUCGCGACGGACUCUAUGCUUCGAUAAUUUGCCUGAUUUUUGUUCCGUUCAUUGUUAAGAAAAUGGAAAAUAUGAAGAAGUACUUCAACGCGCUCAUCAUCAUCUCGCUCGUGUCACUUAUCGAGAUACUUUUGCUCCAUUAUCCCCGAGAUCAUGCAAAUUGGACAAGAACGCUCAAGGAAUGUCCUAACCAACUUCCGAACAUGAGUCUGAUGGAACUCUCCAAACUCUCACAAGCAUUGAGCCAGCUGAAGCCUCCAGAUGCAAUUCAUACGCAACCUCCGGGAAGGAAGCAAUCAAUGGACCACCAGGUGCAAUCAUCAACAAAACCGAAGCCUCCUCUUGACAAAAAGAUACUUGCAUCGAAACUUAAAAGAAGCAUAGCCAAAAUUGAAUAUGACGUUCUGAACAUGGAUGUCGGUUUAACGUUGGACGCCAUUACUGCAGUUCCCCUCGAAGAGAAUCGCCUCAUCCACAAGAUUCAACGAGCUCGAGUGCAUCCCAAUGAUGGAUGUGUCAUCAGGAUAGCCAAGUAUUGCGCAAACCGUUGUGAUCACUUGCUGCAACGGAAUCACUCAAAGGAAUGGGCACCAUUUCAAUGUGAUUUUUCCAGAUCUUGUCGUCUGGAAACACGUUUCGUCAGUUACCUCUCGACCGAAAUUAUGAAAUCUGUUGAUGUGCUUCUUAUCGUUGACUCGCUCCACGAAGGACUGCAGUUGAAGAGGCUGAUAGGCAUACGUCCUCCUGGACAACUCUGGGUUCUUUACGGCAGAGAGAGUCCCAUCCAUGACGCCGAUUAUGCCCCUGAAGGUCUAACUGGAAACCCUUAUAAUCAUACAAUGACCUACUCUGGGGACGCUGAUAUAUAUUUUCCAUAUUGCUUUAUCAAGGAAAGACAUUCUCGCCUUGAUCUGAUGCCAAGUAUACCAAAGAAAACUAAAUUGAUAUCAUGGAUGGCUUCGAAUUGUCGUCUUUUAUCUUGGAGGAGAACCGAGCUUGUCAGGGAACUUCGGAAACACAUAUCAGUUGACGCGUAUGGCAAGUGUGGCACCAAGGGGAGUCUUUCUUUACAUGAGGCUGGACAGAUUCUUCCAAAGUACAAGUUUUAUCUGGCUUUUGAGAGCAGUGACUGUCGAGAUUACAUCACCGAAAAAAUAUGGAGGACGUGUCUUCUCCAAGGUAUUGUGCCCAUCGUCUUUGGGGCAAAACGGGAAGAUUACGAGCGAGUGCUGCCUAGAAAUUCCUUCAUUCAUCUCGAAGACUUCAGCAACAUGAGUGCAUUCGUUGAUUAUAUUCACCAUUUAGACUCCGAUGAGGAGGCGUACAUGAAAUAUUUCGACUGGCGAAAAGAAAGUGAGAUAACCUGCCUAUCGGCCAGGACCUUUCUGAUGACUGCCCCCGAGGCGAAUUUGUGUUAUCUGUUCAAAAAGCUUACCCAUCUAUACCUCAGUCCGGAAUCGUCAUGGAAGCAUCGUACCCCGGACUUUUCUUCGUGGUGGAAGGGACAAUGCCGUGAGGAAUACUCUCCGAAAAAUGUAUUAGGAUUUCCUAUAAACCUCUCUAAGACUAAGCAAAGGAUAAAACGUGUUCGAUAGUGUAAACUACUUCAUUGUUAAUCUAUUUAUUUAUUUAUUCAGAUAUUCAUAUUCCACAAAUUCUCAAAGUACGUUUCAUAAUAAAUCAUUUACAGUAGAAUAUACAUAAUCUGCAUAUGCAGUUUUUAAACGUACCAAUAAAAUGAAAAACAGGUGGAGGGGCCUACUAAAAAGCAAAGCCUGUAAGAUGUAGACCCCCUAUUGAGAUUAUAUACAAGGGUAAUUAUGAUAUGAAUAUAGUAAAAUAUUCAGCAAAAUUCUAUAACUUAAUAUAGAUAUAAACACUGUAACACAAAUGUAUAUACACUAUAUCUGCACUAUACAAUGGUUACUUAAAAACAGAAGGAGUCUAUAUCGAGUAUUCAACUUGCUGUAAGACUAUUAUGCAGUUGAUCUUACGAACAUGCACAUAUGGGAGUUCUCCUCUCCGCUCAGUAUUUCGUUUGAAAGAAAAAUAUUCUAAAAAAUUGUUCUGUUUUAUUUAUUUUAUACAUAGUUUGUAUCGUUUUUUCUUUUGGAAUGAAAUUUUUUGCAGUGGGGUUUUCGUAGAUCUCAGGAAGGCAAGUGUUAUAGCACAAUUGAAUUGACUAAUUGCGAUCAAUUUUGCAUCCACACUUUGUUCUUAGGACGGACCAGUAUCCAAUCGGGAUCUUUCUUUCAAAUUUUAUUUUGUCUCAAACCUUUGUUGUAUUACUUUACUGAAUUAUUCAAGAAGAUUUAUUUCUGUGCAAGUAUUAUAAUGAAUCACCAGCGUCAUUUCUAGAAAUAAACAGGCGUAGUCUUACCUCCCGGUGUAUAUAAAUCUGUUUAUAUUAUUUGGUCAAAGGAAUUGUCUCUAUCUUUUUCCUAUUCUUAAACAGCAUCAUUUGGCCAAGUCAUGGAAUUGUUUUCUUGUUUCUACUAAGAUAUUUUACAAUCUUUUGGGUAUUUUAAAUGCUUUAGAUUCAUGGAUUGGUUGAUUGACUGAUAAUUGUAUUUUUGAUUGAUUGAUUGAUUGAUUUACUGAUUUAUUAAUUGAUUGAUACGUGCAUCAAAUUAAAUGAAUUAUUUGUGACUAUUAUUCUUAACAUCAAAUCAUUACAAAAAUCAAUUCAAUUCAGGCAUGGUUUAUUUCAUAUAAAACAAUACAUGUUACACAUCCAAAAGGCUGAAAUAAGCAUGUUUACAAUAAAAUGUUCACAAGUCAUACAUGGGUAAAAGCAACAUUUACAAUUUAAACAGGUAUAAGGAUAUGUGAUGUACAUAGAUAAUAGAUAAUUUUUAAAGAGCAAGUGUAAAUAAGAAUUCAUUGAAAAUAAUAAAAUAGAACGAAAAAAUUUACAAAAAUACAAUAUCAAACUCUGAUAAAUAUUAGACAAUUAAAAAUUGAAAUAGUAAUUGGAUUGAAAUGGAAAUUAAAACAAUAACAAAAAGUUGAGUUGAUUUCAAGGAUAUGAAAGUAAAAUUUUCUCAGAAUUUAGUAAAUUUAUGAAAUAUGGUAUUGCACUUUUUUCUAAAACGAUCUGUUUUGCAUUUUAUCUGAGCAAAGUUUGGAACACUUCUUAAUGGGAUUGAUACAUUUUUCCUUUUCGGUAGCCAGUUAUUACAGUAAGGUUUUUUUUUAAGAGACUUAGCAAAGUCCAUACACGAUUUUUUCGUGUUCUUUCUACACAUUCUAAUCCACAUUUCUAGUGAAUAUUUAUAGCUAUAAAUCUGAACGAAGAAUUAUUUUGCAAACUCUUGUUUUGCAUUUUUUCUAAGUCCUUUACUUGAUUAGCAGUAAGCGCUCCGUGGAAUACCGGUACACGAUACUCCAAUAUUAGACGAUCCAAUGUAACUUCGAACAAGGUCUGACAUAGAGAGUUUAUAUUGUUUGACAAGUCUGAACAUAUACAAUCUUUUGUUGCACCUUAUUAUAACAUCUGAAAUUUGUUUAUCUAAUUUUGAGUCUUAUUAAUAUAAACACCAAGUAUUUUAACAGUUUCUGCAUAUUGCAGAGAGUGUCACCAAUAUGCAAGAGAUUAGGUAAUGGUGGAUCUUUAGAAAUAGUAACUGAUUACAUUGCAUUUAUUCGGAUUUAGUUUCAUAUAAUUAUCACAUGACCAGGUAACAAGUGCAUUUAGAUGACAUUGUAAUACAGAAGAAGUUUGUAUUGAAAGAUUUUCAACUAUAGUAAGAUCGUCAACAUAAUUAUCUAAAGUGCGGUAAAGAAUUGUUCUGACAUGCAUCAUUAAAUAUGAUCAAAAAUAAUAUCGGGCCUAAUUUUUAUGCCUUGAGGCACUCCAGCAUGAUUUGUAAUAUACAAAGACAAUACGCCCUGAUGUUUAACAGAUUGUGAACGAUUUUCUAAAAAACUUACCAUCCACUCAAAUAUACAAGGUCUUACGUUAAAUUCACUUAAUUUUCGAAUCAGAAUAUUAUGGUCAAGUCUAUCGAAGGCUUCGGAACAGUCUGUGCAAACAAUAGUAGAUAUUGAUUUAGAUUUGUCACAGUUGUCCAAUACACAAUGCAAUAAUUUUACCAAAUAAUGGGUAGUUGAUAGACCUUGUCUGUUUUGCGUAUUGAUGAAUGUCAAUGUGUUUAGAAAUAUCUUCGUAUAACCAGUUUGUAAUGAAUGAUUUUGCAAUUUACAUGUAAAAAAGAAAUAUAGGUCGAAGUUCUUUAAUAGUCGGUGGUUGUUUCUUGGGAAUGGAAAUAAAAGUAUCUUUAUAUUAUCAUUAUAUUA